AUGAUGUUAGGGCUACCAAAACAUAAAAUGAAAUAUACUGAUGUAAACAAUGAUAGCUAUAAAUUGUUGUGGAAUAAUUUAUCUCUGUCAAAGCAAGCGACAUUCAACAUCAUAGACUUCCUAUCAUUAGAUCUAGUACACAAUCCAGAAGAAACUAAUAAACUUUCUCCAUUACAUACAAAACGGUCAGAUGUAAUUGACGAAGCUCAGAGAAUUCACAUGAAUAUUUUCAAGUCCCUGUUGGGCGGGUAUAAAUAUGCAAUGCUAUUCGAUUAUUCUACCUCGGAAAACAAAGGUGACUCGGCGAUUACUGUUGGAGAAACAUUGCUUUUGAGGAAACUCAAAAUCGAAAUUGUGUUUGCAUGUAAAGUAUUUUGCACAGACAAUCAAAUAUACAGAGCUCAUAACAUCAGUAAAAAUUAUACAAGUAAAGAUCUUGUCAUUCUUUUUCAUGGUGGCGGAAAUGUCAUUGGUUGGCCUUCGUCAGAUUUUUCUCGUAGUAAACAAAUAAAACGAUUCAUGCCGUUCAACAUUGUCAUGUUUCCACAAAGUAUUUUGACAAUGGGACCAGAUUCUCACAUUAAGUUCUGCCAGAAAAUAUAUGCAUCUCAUCCGAAGCUUACGUUUCUAUGGCGAGAUAAGGUAUCUUUCGAGCUUGGCAAGAAGCUCUUCCCUAACGUACGUUCCCUAUUAUCACCAGAUAUUGCCUACCAGAUUGGUUUCGUUCCUCGCUUCAUGCAUCCAACGUUCGAUAUACUUUGGUUAAAGCGCACCGAUAAAGAGUCUCCACACUACAAUACACCGGCAGCUCCGGAAGGUUAUCGUAUGCACGUUUCUGAUUGGUUAAUAUGGAAAACCCAUCGUGGGGACUCGCCAAUGGAAGACUCGUUUCUUAAGACAACCAAUGGAAUGAUGUUUUUACAGAGAGGUCGAGUAGUAAUCACUGAUCGUCUUCACGGUCAUAUUCUAUCAACACUUCUCAAUAUCCCCCACGUAUAUAUUGAUAACAAACAGCGUAAAAUAUCUAACUAUCACACCACAUGGACUGCUGGCUUAGAUAAUGUAGUUUUAGCAAAUUCUAGCACUGAUGCAGUUGAAAAAGCAAAGGAAUUGCUGAUAAAACUUGAUAAAGAAUUACCUUCAGUUAAAGGAUAUUUCACUGGGUAA